AUGAAUCCUGGUCCAGUAGAUGAAUAUAUGAUGCCUGGCGCAGUGGCGCCUAAUGGAUUGACGCAUAUCAACUACGCCUUUGUACUAUUUAGCCUAAGUCUUAGCGAUGAUAGCUCUUGGAAUAUCAACUUCAUGGAUAAUAGAAUAAACAAUGUCGAUUCACUUAUUGAAGAGUUUGUGUCCCUUAAGGAGAAUAAUCCUUAA